AUGGCUGGAUCUGGAAGUUCUGAGGUACGAACUCCGAUCUUUUCCGGUGAGAACUACGAGUUCUGGAGGAUCAAGAUGGUGACAAUCUUCAAAUCUCUUGGGCUGUGGGGUCUGGUAGAAAAGGGAACUCCAGUCUUUGAUUCGAAGAUGAAGACCAAGAAAGUUGAAGAAUCAUCGGAGGAAGAAGCUGAAGCAGAGAUGUGUGCUGUGCUCAUGAAGGAUGCAAAGGCACUAGGCAUCAUACAAAACGCUGUCUCUGACCAGAUCUUCCCUCGGAUUGCAAAUGCCGAUUCAGCAAAAAUGGCUUGGACUCUGCUCUACAGUGAAUAUCAUGGAGGUGAUCAGGUUAGAUCUGUAAAACUUCAGAAUCUUAGACGAGAAUUUGAGUAUAUGAGGAUGCGUGAAGGUGAACAACUUACUGCAUAUCUUACUCGAUUAAAUGAAUUGAUAAAUCAAAUGAAAACAUUUGGAGAGGUGUUAUCAAACGAGAGGCUGGUUCAAAAGGUGUUAAUAAGUCUUAGUAGAGUUUAUGAUCCCAUCUGUUUGGUGAUUGAAAAUACAAAGAGUUUGGAGACCAUUGAAUUGCAGGAGGUUAUUGCAAUAUUGAAGAGUCAAGAGCAACGUUUUGACUUGCAUUAUGUGGACAUAGCUGAGAAAGCAUUUGGUUCUUUCUCAAUCGAUCAAAAGGGGCAGAACAAGAAUAAUGCUCAGUCUGGUUCUGCCAAGUCUCAGAAGAGUUGGAAGCCUAACAACAAACCAUGGGAGUCUAGACAGAAGCCACAGCAAGCUGGCGCUGGACAGAUUUCAAAUGGAUCACAUUCUGUGCAGCAAGAUGGGGUGAAGCCUCAAUGCAAGGUCUGCUCUAAAUUUCACUAUGGAGAAUGCAGAUACAAGGGUUAA